AGCAAUGAGGGAUCAUAGCUUCCAACCAGAUUCACCUGGUUAGUCUAUUUCAUGGAAAGAGCAGGUGUUCCUAAUGAUUUGUGCAUUCGGUGUAAUUUUCCAUACAGUAUUUGACUAACUUGACAUGCACCAUAAAACAUGUUUGUAUCCAAUGGCAGGUUGUGAGCAUGUUGAGAAAUAUGUCAGUCCUACAGUUUCAUUGUCCUUAUACAGGACGUAGGACAAAUCAUCAGAAAUAGCGGUAUUGUAAAGUAGCUAUUGUAAAAACGUUGCAUGGUGUUGUAUGCCAUUUCUGCUCCAUGCGACAUUGCACAAGAUCACUGUUUCUAAGUGACUUGUCAACUGAUACAGUAUCACCUGUUUCUCUGCUUGAAACGUACACUUAGUGCCCGGUUGGUCAUYCGGCCAUGAUUACUACAAGUUUAGAUAGCUGCGUAAAAUAACUUAUCAAUCAAAACAUUUUUAGCUGACAUGGGCAAAUUGAGUGAUUGUCAGUGACUGACAUAACUAGAGGAAGACUGCUGACGCACAACUACAUUUCGAAAUUGCCCCUUGUGUAUAUUACUAUUCUAACCCUAAACAGUAAGUUAAGACCCCCCCCCCCCAAAAAAAAUUUAAGUUUGUUUUUGUUGGUCGUGGCCCCCUAGCGGCCGGUGGCAUUAGGCGACCACCUAUAUCGCUUAUGCCUAGAGCCGGCCCUGGUGAGCAGCUGCCAUUCAGCGGGCACUGAGGAGCACUGACGGUAACUGCAGAUGAAGGAAGGGAGGGAGGGUGUGGGCGAGUUGAUAUAGCAGCGGUCCCAAAUCCAGCACAUACACACACCCGCGAAGAGUUUGAGUGAAAGAGAGAGGGAGGGAGUGUGUGUUUGUCCACACAGAGCUCGAACCACUGCAUUCAAGAAGCAUUCAACCGGAGAAGGGGAGAGGGAAACGGCUGCUACUUAUCUGAACAAGCUUCCACACAUACGGAGGAGCCGAGGCCAUUCCCACUGGCGAUAUUACUGCAGUAGAUUGCUUUGACGCCAGCAGCAAGAGAUACCUCAUGCGGCAGAGACGCGUCGCAUUUGUCGGUGGUAAAAAGCUACUGGGGCGCCUAUUUACCAACCCCCGCUGUUAUCCUUAUAUUUUGUUUCAGUUUAUCUCAUUGUACUCUGCUGAGAGUGUGUUUAUUCGGCACCUUGCGUUCGUCAUCCAGUGUAUUUUGGCCGCUGCUUGAAACUGACAAACACUGUUCCUUGACGCGCCCGAAACGUCUGCAGAGGUGGAGGAGACGCCAGGGAGCGGUUGUUGUGGAGCAGGUUGGGAUAUUUUGCGAUAAAAGCUACUCAACCAGAACGUGCAGUCGUGUGUGAGCACGCUUUCGCCAAUGUCGAUAGACUGCUUCACAAAUCGGAUUUUUACACUGCUCUUUUAAAAUCAUGAUUUGACAAAUGGGUUAAUUAUCGCCAUGUAAGAGCUUACUACGAAGACUGGUCAAUAGAAUUACGCAUGGAUGCUUGUAUAAUGUAGUCACAACGUUAGUUMCUGCAGAGGUAUUCAGUUAAUAUCAAUCACCAUCGAAAGAAAGCCUUAUUGCGCUAUUGUAUCAAAAUGCCGGCGGGAAUGAAGCCCCUGGAAAAGUUUUUGAAGAAACAGACAACGGCGCUCACUCGAGCUGGUGGCUUUGGGGAGAAGGCGACUGGCACUGGCACUUCUCGGCGGCGAGCCAGCCUGUCUCGGGUGGUUCCGUUUUUCAGGGAAACUUCUCCAGAGAGCGGUCCGGCCAGGGAGGUGUUCAGCCCGGACACUGAGGAAGCACCGUGCUGGCCCUCSGCCACUGCGGACAUUAGGAGCCCGUCGUUGUCUAGCGAUGAGCAAAGCUCCGAGGCGAGUCUGGACACGAGCUGGACCCCGCUGCCUSCGGACACACCGGACAACCUGGCGCUGGCGCUCCUGGACAGUGUGGCGGGCAAACGAUAUGGCAACUGCACAGAAACCCUCCUGGAUGACUUCAUGUUGACACACCCCAUCUUCUGUCUCUUAUACACAUCUAGAUGUGUAUAA